GAAAGAACAUAAAAGGUGAAGAAAAAUAUGACAGUCCUGUAAUGAAGAAAACAUGCCAUGCAUCUUCUGAAGUAGAUCCCUGCCUACCAGAUGCCCUUCUUGCUCAACAUAUAGGAGAACUGUUAGCCUAUCUUGACAAGUCAGUCACACAUAUGGAUCUUUGUGGAAGUGUUGGUAGAGAUAUUCUUGGAUUUACGGUUGAAAAAACAAAAGUGACUGUUACACAUCUACAGUUAACUGAACUCAGCUGGGAAAAAAUUCAAAAUACCACCAGAGAGGGAUCACUUAAGCAUAUGGAGAAACCGGUUCUUCACUACAGUCGACGAUAUGAUUUUUUGAAAAAAUCGGAUCGACAAGAAUUGUUUAAGGUUAUUCUCCAUAUAAAAUUAAUGCAAUCUGUUCAUGAAAAAGUAGCAGGGCAGAGAAAAACUAAGGGGACAACUAACAUCCUGUCUGAAAUAAAAUUUUGACAAAUCACCAUCAUUAAUGCUGUAUUGAAAUAGACAAGAUGUAUUUUAGCUCAUCUGAACCAAAUAUUCAAAGACCUAUUCUAUGGCCAUUUGUGCAGUGUGCAUUAAACUUUUAGGAAUACUGGCCAUAUCUCAAAAACCACUUCGUCAAUAUUUGUCAAAUUCACAAAGUGUCCUUGGUCCAAGGUCUUUAAUUUGUACCUAAUAAGGCUGUGACCAUCACACGGGGAAGAUAAUUAUGGCAAAAAUAGGGGGUUUCUAAUACAUUGUAUCAGGAACCACUUGGCAGAUUAUCAUCAAACUUGAAAUUAAGAAUGAAGAUAUGUUUUACAUUAAAAUUGUUUAAUGCAUCACCCUGGGGAAAAGGGUAUGGUCUUCAAGGUCACUUCAAGCUUGACCUGAAUUAUGUUUUGUUAAAACUUUCAUAUUUUGCCGACUAUAAAGACUAUAAACAUCAAAUAUUAUCUGUUGAUGCAUUUUGGAACCACAUGUUGACUUAGAGUGUCAUAGUGAUCUAUUUUUAGCUAACUUGAGCUGAAAGCUUAAUUGAGUUCUUUUGUUAAAAAUAUGUCCACUGUCUAUUGUCUUUGGCAUCAGCUUUGCCAUAAACUUUUCACAUUUUCAUCUUCUUUUUCUUGAACAAGUGCACUUAAGCAAUGCUUAGUGAACCCUUUUUAUGUGCCGUUUUACUUUAGAAUAUAUUACCAAAUUGUUUUCUUUUGGUAAUUAUUAGAUACUAGUGGAUAUUUCUAAUUAAAAACACAUUAAGCAUCACCUAAACCAGCAUGGAUUUGAAACAAUUCAAUUGAAUAUUUUUAAAUGCCCAUGGAAACCCUCAAGCCAGGAAUGUCGUACCGAACCUUCUUUGACUUUUGUUUAUGUAAAUCAAGGGGAAUAGAUAUUUAAAUCAACACUUGAACAAUCUGAUGUUGGAUCAUAGUCAGGAGCGUUUGCAGAAUGAAUGUUACUUUUUGCGUUUAAUCUGUUUCAAAAAUUGAAUAAAGUUGUAUGAAACUGUA